AUUAACUCACUCAUAAAGGAAGCCAAAAAAAAAAAGAGUUUGAUUUCGUCGUCUUCAAUCACAGCGUUCUUCUUCUCUCGCGAGCGUAAAGAAAUAUUAAAAUCGACGUCGUUUUGGUUCUAAUCGUAUUCCGGCGAACUUGACUCGGAGGCUUGCUUAUUCGAUGGCAUACGUCGACCAUGCGUUCUCGAUAUCGGACGAAGACCUAAUGAUUGGGACUUCGUACACCGUCAGUAAUCGACCACCGGUGAAAGAGAUCUCACUCGCGGUGGCUCUUCUCGUCUUCGGAACCCUGGGAAUUGUCUCUGGUUUCUUCAUGGCUUAUAACCGAGUUGGUGGUGAUCGUGGUCACGGGAUUUUCUUCAUUGUACUCGGAUGUCUUCUGUUUAUCCCGGGCUUUUACUAUACACGGAUUGCAUAUUACGCAUACAAAGGAUAUAAAGGUUUCUCCUUCUCAAACAUACCAUCUGUUUAAGCCUUAUGAAUCGGCGUCUCUUCUCUCGUACACUCAAUGUAUAGCUUGUUUCCGAAGGAAAGUUUUUUUAAAUCGCUUAAAACCACUGACUUGAUUAUUCUCUUUAGUGUGAUUUUACAUUACUUGAAUGACCUAUGUAAUGUGUUUGCAAAAAAAAAAAAAAAAGAAUGACCUAUGUAAUGUUUGAUAUGUAUCUCUUUUUGGUUUCUCAUUCUCUAUGUUAGAUCAUGAGUCUUUGAUAAACAUCCUUGUAACGUAUAGACUAAGCUAAUCACAGGUGAUGUAAUUGGUGUGUUUA